AUGGUGAUGUUCGUGUACAAGCGUGAUGGGCGCAAAGAGCCUAUCGCGUUCGAUAAAAUCACUGCUAGGAUCAACAAGCUCUCGUUCGGCCUCGACUCUUCCUUCAUAGAGCCCGCCGAGAUCACUAUGAAGGUCGUUGCUGGUAUUCACAGUGGAUGUACAACUGUGGAGCUCGAUAACCUCGCUGCUGAGACAGCUGCCUAUCUCACCACCAAGCACCCAGAUUAUGCCAUCCUCGCCGCCCGAAUCGCCAUCUCCAACCUUCACAAGGAGACCAAGAAAUCCUUUUCCGCCGUCGUCCACGACUUGUACGAAUGGGUCAACCCCAAGACCGGAAAACACGCGCCAAUGAUCGCUGACGAAGUCUAUAAAGUCGUCAUGGCCAACAAGGAGCGUCUCGACUCGGUCAUUAUCUACGACCGUGAUUUCGCCUACAAUUACUUUGGGUUCAAGACUCUUGAACGAUCCUACUUGCUCCGAAUCAAUGGAAAGAUUGUUGAACGACCUCAACACAUGAUCAUGCGUGUGGCCGUCGGAAUUCACGGUGCCGAUGUCGAUCGUGCCAUUGAAACAUACAACCUCAUGUCGGAGCGAUAUUUUACCCACGCCUCGCCCACACUGUUCAACGCCGGAACUCCUCACCCUCAAAUGUCCUCCUGCUUCCUUGUCGCCAUGCGAGACGACUCCAUUGACGGCAUCUACGAGACUUUGAAGACCUGCGCUCAGAUCUCCAAGACUGCCGGAGGUAUCGGACUUCACAUUCACAACAUUCGAGCCAAGGGCUCCUACAUUGCCGGUACCAACGGAUACUCGAACGGUAUCGUACCUAUGCUCCGAGCCUUUGACGCCACCGCUCGUUACGUCGACCAGGGUGGAAACAAGCGUCCUGGUGCCUUUGCCAUCUAUCUAGAGCCCUGGCACGCCGAUGUCUUUGACUUCCUCGACUUGCGAAAGAAUCACGGUAAGGAAGAGGUCCGAGCCCGUGAUCUUUUCUACGCCCUCUGGAUACCCGACCUGUUCAUGAAGCGAGUCGAAGCCGACGGUGACUGGACCCUCAUGUGUCCUGCCGAAUGCCCUGGUCUCGCCGAUGUCCAUGGAGCCGAAUUUGAAGCACUCUAUGAAGGCUACGAAAAGGCCGGCAAGGGCCGAAAGACCAUCAAGGCUCAGAAACUCUGGUUCGCCAUCCUUGAGGCCCAGACCGAGACCGGUACUCCCUACAUGCUUUACAAGGAUGCUGCAAAUGCCAAGUCCAACCAAAAGCACCUGGGAACCAUCAAGUCUUCCAACUUGUGUACCGAAAUCAUUGAAUACUCUGCUCCUGACGAGGUCGCCGUCUGCAACUUGGCCUCGCUCGCUCUUCCCGCCUUUGUUGACAUGGAGAGACGGGUGUACGACUUCAAGAAACUGCACGAGAUCACCAAAGUUGUAACAAAGAAUCUCGAUCAGGUUAUCAACCGCAACUACUACCCCGUCAAGGAGGCUCAGAACUCUAAUUUCCGUCACAGACCCAUCGGUCUGGGUGUUCAAGGUCUCGCCGAUGCUUUCAUGGCCUUGAGAAUGCCUUUCGAUUCGCCUGCCGCUCGAGAGCUCAACAUUCAGAUCUUCGAGACAAUCUACCAUGCCGCGUUGGAGGCUUCGUGCGAGCUGGCUCAGGUCCACGGGAAAUAUGAAUCUUACGAGGGAUCACCCAUCUCUGAGGGCAAACUACAAUUUGACAUGUGGGGCCGUGUGCCCUCUGAUCUCUGGGACUGGACCGACCUGCGAGCUCAGAUUGCCCAACACGGAGUUCGAAACUCGCUCCUCGUCGCGCCUAUGCCUACCGCCUCGACAUCGCAGAUCCUCGGAUGGAAUGAAUGCUUUGAGCCAUACACAUCCAUGCUGUACGCUCGGCGAGUGUUGUCUGGAGACUUCCAGGUCGUCUGCCCUUGGCUGUUGCGUGAUCUCAUCAACCUUGGCCUGUGGGACGAUGACAUGAAGAACUUGAUUAUUGCUGCCGGUGGAUCUAUCCAACACAUUCCCAACAUCCCUGCCGAGCUCAAGGCGAUCUACAAAACUGUCUGGGAAUUGUCCCAAAAGGCGAUCAUCGAUCUGGCCGCUGACCGUGGAGCUUUCAUCGAUCAAAGUCAAUCUCUUAAUAUUCACUUGUCCAACCCUUCCUUUGCCCAGCUCACUUCGAUGCACUUUUACGGAUGGAAGCGUGGUCUCAAAACGGGCAGUUACUACCUGCGUACACGACCCUCAGCCCAGGCUAUCCAGUUCACUAUCGACGCGAAGACUCUCAAAGAGGCCAAAGCCAACGCUUCCGCAAGCAAAGCAGCCACAUCUUUGCCAUCCGUCGAGAAUGUCGUUGCACCCAUGCGCCAAAUCUCCAUCGCCACGAAGGCUGAUGCCACACCUGUCCCCGAGUCCGUGACGGCUGCUUCUACAGCCAGAGAGGCCCGCAUGACACUCGAAUCAUCGCCUGGACCUUCAGAAGAGGAGGAAAUCUCAUAUGAAGAGGCCAAGAGACGUGCCGAGGAGCGAGCGGAAGCUGCCCUGCAAUGUAGUAUCGACAACAAGGAGGCUUGUCUUAUGUGUUCAGGAUAG